AAAAUCCUGCGCAACAGUCCAUCAAACCUUUUACACAAUUCUAUUAAACCUACGAAUUCAUCAAUUCGGGGAACUUCCUCUGAAUUAAGCAUAAACAUGAGAUCCAAUCCCCUAAACUCCCAAAUUUUCAUUCAAUCAGCAGAUCUCCAGAUUCCAACCCAUGCCUUAAUUUUGCGAAAUCCUAACCCUAAAACAAAUUUUACUCUCCAACACCUCAAAUUCGACCUUGUGUCUACAACUGGAAUUUCUCCGAAAUCCCUUUUCUUCAGCAUUAAUGGAAAACCCCUCGCCGAUUCAACUCCCUUGUUUCAAAAUCCAAAAAUUGGUCCUCUUUCCACGCUUAAAGUCCAUCUGCGACUUAAUGGAGGUGGUGGAGAUGGUGGCGCCACCGGGGCUGAGUCGCGUGACUGUUAUUUGAAUAUGUAUGCCGUGAAAAAGCCCGAUAAGGUUGACCCUAACGAGAUACGGCUCUCAAAGUGGUUGAAUUGUAGUUUAUCCAACGAGCCGUUGAAGCACCCAGUAGUUAUUGAUAAGUUGGGGAAUUUGUUUAACAAGGAGGCGUUGGUGGAGGCAUUGUUGAAGAAAAAUUUGCCCAAGCAGUUUAGAUAUAUUAAGGGUUUGAAGGAUAUGAUUGCAGUCGAGCUGGCCGAGGCUCCAGAGAUUAGAGAGAGGGGGACGGUAAAAUUCCAGUGCCCCAUUACAGGGCUGGAAUUUAAUGGGAAAUACAAGUUUUUCGCGAUAAAAAAUUGUGGGCAUGUAUUGAGUUCCAAGGCGUUGAAGGAGAUAAAGUCAUCGGCAUGUUUGGUUUGUCAUAAGGAGUUCACAGAAAGUGAUAAGAUUGUGAUCAAUGGGGAUGAAGAGGAAGUGAUGGCAUUGAGAGAGAAGCUUGAAGAAGAGGCAAAAUUGAAAGAUAAUAACAAGAAAGUGAAGAAAGUGAAGAAUGGAGAGAUUGGGCGUCUGGUGGGGACAAAACAUGGGAUUGACGGGAAUGGUAAUAACCAUAAUAAUAAUGAUUCGGUGAAGCGGUUCAAGGCAGCAGAUAUGGCCCCUGCAAAUGCAACCAAGGAAGUGUAUGCAUCAAUUUUUACUUCGUCAAAGAAGUCAGAUUUCAAGGAGACUUAUUCUUGUAGAUCACUGCCUCUUGGUAGGAACUGAUGUACAUUAGUGACGUUUCAGUAAAUCACACUAUUUAUCUUCUAUAUCUGUAGCUUUUGACUUGGAAGAGCUGUUAAGUGUUGGAUUAAAAUGUACUUUGUUAAGUUUAAUUAUCUUGCUAUGGAGUUUUCUUAUUUAUUUUGUA